CGGGCGGCCCUGGCAGAGUGGCAGGCCAGCCGUGGCGCUGGGCGCCGGCCAGAAGGGGUAUAUUAUCGUCCCGUCUUGCUGCUGAAUGUCGGUUCCAGAGGAUGAGGAGAGGCUUUUGCCGCUUGCCCAGAGAUGGCCCCGAGCGAGCAAGUUCCUCCUGUCAGGCUGCGCGGCUACCGUGGCCGAGCUAGCAACCUUUCCCCUCGAUCUCACAAAAACUCGACUCCAAAUGCAAGGAGAAGCUGCCCUUGCUCGGUUGGGAGACAGUGCAAGAGAAUCUGCUCCCUAUAGGGGCAUGGUACGCACAGCCCUAGGGAUUAUUCAAGAAGAAGGCUUUCUAAAGCUUUGGCAAGGAGUGACACCUGCCAUUUACAGACACAUAGUGUACUCCGGAGGCCGCAUGGUCACUUACGAACAUCUUCGUGAAGUUGUAUUUGGCAAAAGUGAAGAUAAGCAUUAUCCCCUUUGGAAAUCAGUAAUUGGAGGUAUGAUGGCUGGUGUUGUUGGCCAAUUUUUAGCCAACCCAACUGAUCUAGUGAAGGUUCAGAUGCAAAUGGAAGGAAAAAGGAAACUUGAAGGAAAACCUUUGCGAUUUCGUGGUGUGCAUCAUGCAUUUGCAAAAAUCUUAUCUGAAGGAGGAAUACGUGGGCUUUGGGCAGGCUGGGUACCCAAUAUACAAAGAGCAGCACUGGUGAAUAUGGGAGAUUUAACCACUUAUGAUACAGUGAAACACUAUUUGGUACUGAAUACACCACUUGAGGACAAUAUCAUGACUCAUGGUUUAUCGAGUUUAUGUUCUGGACUGGUAGCUUCUAUUCUGGGAACCCCUGCUGAUGUCAUCAAAAGCCGAAUAAUGAAUCAACCACGAGAUAAACAAGGAAGGGGACUUUUGUAUAAAUCAUCAACUGACUGCUUGAUUCAGGCUGUUCAAGGAGAAGGAUUCAUGAGUCUAUAUAAAGGCUUUUUACCAUCUUGGCUGAGAAUGACCCCUUGGUCACUGGUGUUCUGGCUUACUUAUGAAAAAAUCAGAGAGAUGAGUGGAGUCAGUCCAUUUUAAGCCCUUAAAGAUGCAGCCCUUAAAGAUACUGUGUUCAGUAUCAUUGAAAUAUGGGCAUCUACAACACACACCCCUAUUAUUUCUACCUCUUUAGGAAGACACCUUACUCCACAGAGACUGUGAUUUAUAGGGGGCAGCACUUUAUUUUUCUCUGGAAACCCAAGUUCUCUUUGACUCCUCUUUUUGUUCAAAAGCAAUCUGGUUGGAUUACACAAGGCCACCUAAUGAGACCCGGCACAGAAUUUCAAGAAGAUUUGAAUCCUGAGCACUUAUCUUGGGCGAGAA